AUGGUACAUCAGUUAUCACUCGUGUCUACGGUUUCACAUAGUAAUUAUGUUCAAACAAUCUCGACAUUGCAGGCAUUGACUGGAUUAUUGACUCCACAACUGAUUUCAACGUAUACCCUCGUCACUAAACCUCAUGAUGUUUUUAAACCGAAAUUUGAGCCAGGAAAAGUGAAUCAGAUUGAGCAAUUCUACAUGAGAUGUAUAACUACAUGGAAUGACAAGACUGGGAUUGAGUUGGACCUAUCUUCGCCCCUCAUUGAAAAUGAAACUGAAAUUUUGGUGGAUAGACUAUUUUUGGGGGUCGAUGACCGUAGGAAUUGGACUAUGCAGAUAUCCGAUAUUCCUAUUGCUGGUAAGAAUCAGGCAUGUUCAGCACAGACCAUAUACGAAAGUACAUUAGUGCACCAUCAUACAAAAGUAAUGGAUAAAGAAAAGAUUCAAUUAGAUGUUUCUAACGAAUCAAACAUGGAAAUUGAUGAUAAAGAUGAGGAUAAAAAAGACAACGUCAAAAAGGAAGAUAUCGGUACUGAGAUCGGAAAAAAUAAUGAGGAAGUUAGAGAAAGUGAUGAAAAGCCCAAAGAAGAUGGUGAAGUCAAAAAAAAUGAUGCUCCAAUCGUUCAGGAAUUGGAAGUGCUAAACCGAAGAGAUUCGUUCUUACAAUUCUUGGAGGAUUUAGGUUAUGAUGUUAUAAAUCAAUUUUGGAUGAAAGGUGUACGUUUUUUUCACGGUGAUGUGGUCAUUGAAAUUUUCAAAAUAUUUGUUAGAGAUGACGAGAAAGAUGCAGCAAAGGAUAAAAUUAGGCUCAAGCUUUUAGAUCCUUCCAAUACAUUUCAAAUAAGGACAUACAUAAAUGUUCCAAAAUCGACAGAUGUAGAACUAAUUAAUCAAGGAACCAAGGAUUUAUUAAAGCUACAGGAUUUUUUGAAAAACUUGAUCAAACUCGAAAUUCCUGAUAGAAUGUUUAUGGAUUCUAGAGUUACUUAUAAAUAG